AUUGACAAAGGCCAGGUAUCAGCUGCCCCUGAUGAAUGCCGUAGUUACAUCUCAAGCCGCCCAAUGCAAACUCCAGAACAUGAUGAGCAAAUCCAAGGGGCUGUCCUGGGACGCAAGGACUUCUGGCGAAAGAUGUUCAAGUCACAGAGUGCAGCGAGUGACACCAGUAGUCAGUCUGAGCAGGACACAUCCGAGUGUACCACUGCUCACUCUGGGACCACCACAGACAGGCGCUCCCGCUCCCGAUCCCGACGGAUCUCCCUUCGAAAGAAACUCAAACUCCCCAUAGGGAACUGGCUGAAGCGCUCCUCCCUCUCUGGCCUGGCUGACGGGGUGGAAGAUCUCCUAGAUAUCAGCUCUGUCGACCGUCUGUCUUUCAUCAGGCAGAGUUCCAAGGUGAAGUUUACCAGCGCGGUGAAGCUGUCAGAAGGAGGGGGACCAGGAGGUGGCCUGGACAAUGGGCGAGAUGAAGAGGAGAAUUUCUUCAAGCGUCUUGGUAAAUGGCGCACCUGCCGAAGACACCCAUCCAAGCUUCAUCACACAGAAGAAAAAGAUGGUUAGAAAUCAGGGUUCUCGUCUUCUUUUUUCUUUCUUUUUGUCUUUUUUUUUUUUAAAUCUCUUUCUUUCUGUAUUUUACACUUUUCCCUUUUUUCCUGCUUUCUCCGUAGUUUUUGUAUCCAUUCUAGCCUUUUCCAACUUUUUAGUCUUUGUAACUGUUUUCUUUUCCUUCCUUCUUUCUUUCAUUUUGAUUUAGAAAAAAACUCUGGUAAAGUCAAUUAUUUAGAAAAUCAAGACUAUCCAAAUAAAUUAUGCAAAU